UCCCUGUAAGACAAUUUAAUAUCGUUUUUUCUUUGUUUCCUUAGGCCAUAAACAUUGAAAUCUUCGAAAAAAAAUCAUUAUUUCUAGCCAUGGAGGUAGGUCUGACGAUAGCAUCUGUUCUUGUCACCACAACUAACGCUGGAGUCAUAUUUAUGGUGCUUUGUAUCAAGGAACUCAGGACGUAUACUAACAUCUUUGUGGUUUCUCUUGCGAUUUCUGAUACGUUAACUGGCGCGAUCUUUUUUCCGCUGUAYAUAUUCCCGCAUUCCAUCGUAACUGGCUAUCUGAUAUUUUUYAUUUUAAUCGCUGGCGUGAUGAACCUUUGUGCGGUUACGUGGGAACGAUACGUAGCAAUCAUCGARCCAUUUAGAUACAAAGGGAAACUGAAAAAAUCUCAAAAGAAAAUUCUCAUCGCCAUCUGGUCGAUUCCUUCACUUGUUACACUUAUUCCACUUGCUUGGGAAGCAGAUUCAAAGACGACGUAUCACAAAUAUUUCAACGUUUCAACGCUACUGAUACUGGUAAUCAUCCCUUACGUUUUUAUCGUCGCUGCGUACAUACGUAUCUGGCUGCGUUUACGUUCUCAUACGGCACAGAUGAGAAAGAGAAUCAACAUGACCAACGAGCAGAGGGAAGGUGCAAGAAGAGCAUCACUCGAGGGUAAGACAGUCAAGGUGUUCUUUGUGGUGGUGUCUGUCUUCCUGGUCAGCUGGCUUCCUGUCAUUUAUAUGACCAUUGUUGGGGUGGUGCUUAACAGACCAGAUCUUAUACCACCUUUACUGUCAGAGAUAUCCCUGUUCACAAUCGCUGGAUCGUCAAUGAUCAAUCCAAUCCUUUACGCUUUGAUGAAGAAUGACUUUAAAGGRAGGCUUAGUGGAUUUUUUUCUUUCAUUCAUCGGCAACAAACCCCAACUACAGAAUAACCUAUGUAUUACGAACAGAAGAAUAUUACGGGCAGCUAUAUUCCGGACACCUCUAUAUUGCAGAAACUCUCGCCUUACGGACACCCCCCUAUUACGGACUUCUUGAUAUUACGGACACGAAAUACGGAAUUCCCGGCGUAAAAUACAAAGAAAUGACUGAAAGUAACUAAUGUUAGUACGGACUCUCGCUACUUCGGACACUAAAUUACGGUCCUGAGGGUGUCCGUAAUAGCGAGAGUUGACUGUAAAGUUAACAUAUCAACGGGCACCUCAAAAUGACGGACACUUUUCUGAGGUUCUUUGGCGGCCGUAAUAUAGAAGUUUCUGAAGUGCUUAUAUCGUUAACGAGUUAUAAUUUAUAAAAGUGUCAAGAAAUAUCUAAAGAUGAAAUGAAGGAUUUAAUUGUGGGCUACCUGU